AUGGCUCCUCCAGGAACCCUGAGUUCGUCAGUGCUCCUGGCCACUGUCCUGUCCGUCAUAUUUAGCUUCCCAAUUCCUGCCUUACCACUUGAUACAACACCACCCAAUAAUGAUCUCCACACCCUGCUCUGUCUCAAGCUCCAUCUUUCUGAUCCUGCUGGGUUUCUAACCUCAUGGAAGAAAGAUUCCCACAAAAUUUGCACUUGGGCAGGUGUUAGUUGCAGCAAGAGCCAGCGUGUUGUCGUGCUCAACCUCGACUCUUUCGAGCUCCAUGGCCAAAUACCUGCUUGUAUUGCCAAUCUCACUUUCCUUGAAAGAAUCCACUUCCCAAAUAACCACCUUAGUGGCCCAAUUCCUCAUGAGCUUGGCCAGCUAAAAUGGCUGCAGUACCUUAACCUCAGCUCGAACUAUCUCAGUGAUGUGAUCCCGGACACACUGCCUUCCUGUUCUCGCCUUCGGGUCGUCGAUCUUGGGAGAAAUUCUCUCCAAGGUGAGAUUUAUCCGAACCUGAGCCAAUGUUUAAAUCUUGAGAAGCUCAUCUUGCAGCAAAACGGCCUCAAUGGAGUUAUCCCUGAAGAGCUUGGGAUGCUAAAAAAUCUCUCAGUUUUGCAUCUGGCUGGAAAUAAUCUGGCUGGAAACAUUCCUCUUUCACUUGGAUGCAAAUCUCCUCUUAGAGAUCUUGUUCUUGCAAACAAUAGCCUCACUGGACCAAUCCCGUCUUGCAUAGCUAAUAGUUCAUCACUUCAACAGCUGGACUUAACACACAAUCAUAUCAGUGGAGAGAUACCACAUACUCUGCUAAAUAGCAGAUCACUUAGAACAAUAGGCCUUGGGUUGAACAGCUUAGUGGGAUCAAUACCUGCUGUCUCGCACACUGAGUCUCCAUUGGAGAUUCUCAUUUUCACAUUCAAUGGUCUUUCAGGUGCCAUACCUUCUUCACUAGGGAACCUAUCUUCCCUUGUCAGGCUCUUACUUGCAUACAACAAUCUUGAAGGUAGCAUCCCAGCCAGCAUAGGUAAAAUACCAAACCUGAAAGCAUUGGACCUGACUUACAACUUCUUGUCAGGAACCAUCCCAGCCUCCAUUUACAAUAUGUCAGCUCUGACAUACCUUGGCAUUGCCACGAACACCUUGGUGGGGGAGAUUCCACAUGACAUUGGGUACACCCUCCCAAGCAUAAAGAAAUUGAUCUUUGAAGGGAACCAAUUCCAUGGUAAAAUCCCUGCUUCGCUAGCGAAUGCGACCAACCUUACGGUGAUUGAUCUUCAAUACAAUUUGUUCUAUGGAACUGUUCCUUUCUUGGGCUCGCUUCCCAACUUGGUGGAGCUAAGUCUAGGCACGAACCAGCUUGAAGCUGGAGAUUGGUCUUUCCUGUCCUCAGUAGCCAAUUGCACACGGCUGGUCACAUUAGAUUUAUCAGACAACAAAAUCCAAGGAACACUGCCAAAUUCCAUUGGUGGCCUUCCAAACAGCUUGCAAUUUUUGCUGUUGUCAGCAAAUGAUAUAUCUGGGACAAUACCUCCAGAGAUAGGGUACCUCACAAACCUUGUCGUUCUUCACAUGGAGAGCAAUCGGUUCACCGGAAGCAUCCCAGAUGCAGUCGGAAAUCUUUCGAGUUUAUUUCGACUAAGCUUAUCACAGAACAAGCUUUCUGGACGAAUUCCACUCUCGGUCAGUAACCUGAGUCAACUAAGUGAGCUCUAUUUACAGGACAAUGAUUUCAGUGGUCCGAUCCCAGGUGCUUUUGGCGACUGCAAAAAUUUGAGAAUGUUGAACAUCUCUUGCAACAACCUUGAUGGUGGCAUCCCAAAGCAGCUGCUGACUCUUUCAUCCCUUUCUGAUGGCUUGGAUUUGUCCCACAACCAACUCUCUGGACAAAUACCACCUGAGGUUGGUGAGCAGAUCAAUCUCGGUCUGCUCAAUGUUUCCAAUAACCAGUUGUCUGGACAGAUUCCCUCCACCCUAGGACAGUGUGUCCACCUGGAGUCCCUCCACAUGGAAGGGAACCUUCUGGAAGGAAAAAUCCCAAAUUCAUUCGCCGAAUUGAGAGGAAUCAUCGAGCUAGACCUGUCCAGAAAUAACCUUUCUGGAGCAAUACCUGAACUGUUUGAGUUCUUUGGCUCCUUGCUCCUCCUCAAUUUGUCGUUCAACAGCCUCCAAGGUCCAGUACCCACUGGUGGGAUCUUUCGCAAUAAAAGUGCGGUAUACAUUCAGGGGAACAAGAACUUAUGUGGGAGCACCCCAUUGCUAGCAUUGCCACUUUGUGAUGCAAUGGCCUCCAGAAAAAACCAUGGUUUUAAAAUUCUAAAGGUGCUAGGAUUUAGUGCUCUUUCUUUGCUCCUGCUAGCAUGCGCAGUGGCCAUCUAUUUGAAGAGGAAGAAAGUCAGACAGGCAGCUCAUUCAUCCUGCAGGGAAUUGAAAAGGUUAUCAUAUGCUGAUUUAGCCAAAGCAACGAAUAAUUUCUCCUCAAAUAACUUGAUUGGUUCAGGAAAUUCUGGAUCAGUUUACAAAGGUAGAUUUGAGUUUGAAGAACAUACAGUUGCUAUCAAGGUUUUCAAAGUCAAUCAACUUGGCGUGCCAAAGAGCUUCCUUGCUGAGUGUGAGGCACUGAGGAACACUCGUCAUCGUAAUCUUGUAAGGGUGAUUACUGCAUGCUCAACAUUUGAUCCAUCAGGACAUCAGUUCAAAGCUCUUAUUCUUGAAUAUAUGCCUAAUGGCAGCCUAGAGAGCUGGCUCUAUCCUGAUUGGAACAAGUAUGGAUUGGAAAGAUCAUUAAGUUUUGGCUCCAGAAUAACAAUAGUGAUGGACAUAGCUUCUGCUUUGGAUUAUCUGCAUAACCAUUGCAUGCCUCCUGUAGUCCACUGUGAUCUGAAGCCCAGCAAUGUCCUUCUUGAUGAUGACAUGGGUGCACAUCUUGCUGACUUCGGGUUAGCUAAAUUUCUUCAAAGUUCGAGUCAUUCAUGCCAUCAAAGUUCUACAAGCUUACUGGGACCAAGAGGAUCAAUUGGGUACAUUGCACCAGAGUAUGGCUGCGGCAACAAACUCUCAACAGAAGGUGAUGUCUAUAGCUAUGGAAUUAUCAUCUUAGAGUUGCUCACCGGAAGGCGUCCAACAGAUGAGAUGUUUACUGAUGGUGUGAACCUUCACAGAUUUGUGGAAAAUGCGUUUCCUCAAAAGAUUGGUGAUGUUCUAGAUCCUUGUAUCGUUCCAUGUUUUGCCGAGGGUGAUGUGGACAACAAUUUGGACCACGGAAAUAAUGCAACAGCUGCCGUGGAAAGCCACUGCAUCAUGCCUCUUGUUAAACUCGGUCUCUCAUGCUCUAUGGAGACCCCGAAAGAUCGACCAACAAUGCAGGAUGUCUACGCUGAAGUCAUCACAAUCAAAGAAGCAUUUGCAGUGCUACAUGGCUGA